AUGGCAUCCCUCUCCAAUACCGCUGACAACUGGGAAGAAAUCACUGACUUGGAUUUUGAAGAUAAUAUCGAUCUCGCUCAACGCAUCACCGUCCACUCGGUUCCUACACCGCGCAGCAAUGCUCUCUUGGAUAUCGAUGAUAGUAGCGAUUUGAGUGAUAGUGAAGAGUAUCAGUUAAUCGAGACUCAUACUAUGCCUACCUAUGCCGCUGCUGCCAAGUGGGGAAACAAAACCAGAGAGGAAGAAACCGUAAAGGAGACGAGUGUGUGCGGGAAGGCAAUAAACGAUUAUGGAAUUAAGCAAAAAGGAAUGAGGCUUAAAAAUAAUAUAAUGCCAUCCUCACCACCGAGUUCGGAUGACAUGGACUCUCCGAAUAGAAUGAAAAUGAACGAUUCUCGUUCGUCCAAUGUGAGAAAUAAAUGUAAAAAGAGAGAUAAUAAACCGACCAGUCACAUCAAUGAGAAUCAAACACAUCCUUCACCGCCCCCUUCACCGUCCUCCUCAACCGUCAUCACUCCCCUCGAUAUUGAAAUUCCCACCAAAUCUUCAUCACGGAAGAUGAAAAACCGUCACAACACACGCAAAGCUAAAAUAGCAACCAAAAAGCUCCAAUCGCAGCUUGUCUCUCCGAACGAGGCAGAAUUCUACGAAUCUUACUGUCGUGGAGAUACAAAUAGAGAUCCGGAGUUUGUAAAAUAUAAAAUAUGUAAAAAGGCAAUGAAAUAUGAAAAGAAGACAAAGAGGAGUGACGGGAAGAGAGCUAGAGGUGAUAUUUGCGAAUUGUGA